ACUUAUGGCCUAGUAUUACUAUUCACAAUUAAUAAUUUGGUACUAUUGCAUGCUUAAUGCUUUUCUUUUAUUUGUUUCUUCUUCAUAAAAUUCAUUUAUAUCCCUCAUAAAACUUUGGCACGAUUCCACCCCCUUAGCUUCCCGUUUUGGUGGGUUGGUGAGAGUGUUGACACUUUACACUUGCAUAUGCACAUUUUAGCAUAGAUAAGAUUUCUGCGGUUGCUGAAGAUAACUUAGAAUCAACGGAAACACACUUUUCCUUUUUCAUACUAAUAAAAAAGUGAAGCACUUUAAGUGUCAAGGAAAAAGCUUUUUCCAUCUCCACACAAUACAAGGUUUUGAAGAAGAAGAACAUAGAAAGCUUGAAUUCCAUCUACAGUCUCUAAUCUCAGAUAAAAGCAUGGCCUAUUACAGCUAUCCCUAUUCUGAUUCUGAUUAUGGUGAGUACAAUUUCAAUUCUUAUGCUUCCACUUAUAAUUAUACUCAAGUUCCAACCUUUAAUUCUUACAAUAGCUAUGAAUAUAAUAAACCUUAUUAUGGAUAUGAUCAAAGUUUGUAUCUUUCUGCAAAUUACCCUUAUCAGAGUUACCAAACUAGUAUAUCAUACUCUGCCACCAAUUUUACUGACCCAAAAUCAUUUGAGUAUGAUCCCAAUCAUGGAAUGACUCAGCUUGUGAUCUCAUACAAUACCGUGGAAUCUAAUAUCCCUGAAUUUGAUGAAUAUGAUCCAACACCUUAUGGUGGUGGUUAUGAUAUUGCUGAGACCUAUGGAAAACCUCUACCACCCUCAGAUGAAAUCUGCUACCCUCCUUCCACCGGAUCAAGUUCAAUUGCUCCACCCGCUGAUGCUGUUCCUGCUGGGCCAAUAGUACCAUUACCAUUGCCUACUGUUGAUGAGGCAAUUGAUGAGAAAGCAAUCUUACCCCAGAAAGAAGCUGAACGUGAAGUGACUCAAGAAAUGCCUCAGUCACAAGAAAGUAGCAAAGAUCAAGAAGAGGUAAUUGAAGAUAAAGACUAUGAUACCAGUGAGGAAAGUGAAAGUGAUGAUGAAGAUGAUAGAAAUAACUAUUCUGGGUCUGGUUAUGGGAAUGGAUACAGUGGGGGAAAGGGUGAUGAGUAUGAGAAGAAAGUGCCAGCACAGUAUCCUCCUAGUGGAUAUGGCUUGGAAGCUAUGGAUCUCUGUGAGACUUUGUUUGGGUAUUGGCCUUGUUUGUCACGUAUGAAGAGAGAACAUCGUUGUGAAGCAGCUCCUCAUAGAGGAAACUAUUAUUGCCAGGAGAAUAUUUGGAAAGGGACUGCAGAUUAUCUCUUUGGGAAUCCAUAUCCAUAUAGUGGCAGAGGGGAAGAAGAAGGGAGUGGCUAUGGUCAUGUAGGAGGAGGAGGAGAAGUUGUGCAUUCAUAUGAAAGGCAUUAUCCAACUCAAGCACACUACAGGCAAAGUGAAUAUACUGAUGGAUCAUCAUGGUGACACAACAAAACAAUUUGUUGAGAUAUGUAACGAAAUAUAUAUAAGUUGAAGGUGUAAACAAAUAAUAUUGUAUUGUGUAUUGUGUAUUGUGUAUUGUGUACUGUCUCUCUGUAAUUUUAAUAAUUGUGAAAAUUUGCAGUGAAACAUUUUGAAAAUAAAGAAAAUUUCAUGCUUUCA